CACGUGCUCCUAACUUAGUUGUUAAUAUAGUUAAGGUAAAGGUUGAGUAAAUAAGUAAUUUUACCUCAAGCUUUAUUGAGAUUGAGAACAUAACGCAAAGAGCAUUAAGCUGUCAACAUUAUUAAAAAUCAAGAGUUAAUGAAAAAAGGGGCUUAUGUUUAAACUAAUCUUCUCGUGUUUUGAUAACGGUUCGUAUGGAUGUUAAAUUUUUAAGGUUGCUAUUAUACCAGGAUCAUGUGAACUCUUUACAGAUUUAUUCUACGUUGAGAAGAUAGAAAAUAAAUUCACCAAGACAACUUUAAAUGCUUUUAUGAAUGAUGAAUUUGUUGUAUCAUUUCUAAUCUUAACAACCGGAGUUGCUACCCCAUUUUUUAUUAGAAUUGAUGAUGAAAAUAAUAAUACUUUAUGGAGCUUGAGUAUUUUGGAAGUUAAAAUUCCUUUUUUAAUUAUUUCAACAGAAAAUGUUUAUGAAAUUCAAAUAACAGCUAAUGCAUGGAGUUCAAUUGUAAUUUCUAAUUUUUUCAAAACCAGUAUUUCAAAUACCAAUUCUUACAAUUUCUCUAUAGCUGUUAAUGGAACUGUUCAAUUUUCAUAUGAAAAUUUUCACCCAAUGGUAUUCACUGAUGUUAUUUUGUAUACUUUUACUGACUGCAUUUUUCUUUCUCCCUGCAGCUUGGGAUCAAUUAAAAAUCUAUCAAUAUACAGUCAAACACAAGUUUUUUGGUCUCAGUGGAGUGAGUGGUCACAAUGCAAUGAAUCUUUUGUUAUGACUAAAACUCGAUAUUGUAACAGUAAUCAAUGGUUGAAUUGUGUUGGAAAUAGUAGUAAAGUUAAAUCAUGCAGUAAUCAAGUUUUUUGGGCACAAUGGAGUGAUUGGUCAAACAGCAGCAAUUCUUAUGGAUUUAUGAACAGAACAAGAGAGUGUAUUGAUUUAAGCAUUUUAGAGUGGAUUUAUGCUAACCAAUCAGAAUUAUUGGAAUAUUCAGAGUUUUUCAUAAUGGAAAAAACCACUUUAUUGUCAAAAGGAAACCUGAUUACAAUUAUAGAAAGACUUAAUAAAGAAUUCUCUGUGUCUUUUGAUUUAAAUCCAACAUCUAUAGUAAAUGAUCAUUUUGGAAAUGUUAUACAUUUGACUAUUGAAAAUGAUAUAUCAACAUAUGGAGAUAGAAUUCCAGCAGUGUUCUUUAUUCCUGGUGCUUCUAGGUUACACAUUUGUGCAGCAAUUAAUAAUAUUCCUAAUAAUUGUUUAAAUCAAACGUCUGAUUUAAAACUUGGUAUGUGGUCUUCAUUAAAAAUAUCACAAGAGUUGAUAAAAGGAAAAUACAAUUACUCAAUUCAAUUAAAUAAUGAAAUACUUUUAAAUGUUGAAAACCAAGAUGCAAGAGAAUUUUUGAAUGUGAAAGUAUAUGUUUCUGACCCUUGGUUUGAUGCGUCGCCUGCUUAUAUUAGAAAUCUAAAAAUCAUUAAUGGAAAUUCAGCAUUAUGGACACAGUUCAAUGUUCAUUCUAGUUGUAAUUUUUCUGAAAUUAUGAAUAAAUCAAGUAAUUGUAACAGUUCUAGUUAUAAUGGGACGUGUAAGGGGCAUAAAUUUGAAAUAAUUCAAUGGUUAGAUAUUAACAAGUGCACUACCUUAAAUCCAAAUUGUUCUUGGAGCAAUGGAGUAUGUGUGAACACAAAAGGCAGCUUCCUUUGCUCAUGCACUAAUGGAUUUGUUUUGGAUUACAAUAAUGCUAGCUGUUUUGUAUUUUUAGGCUGGACACAGUGGAGCAUUUGGUCAAUUUGUAAUACUUCUUAUGGAGUUGGAUUCCAUAAUAGAACUAGAGUAUGCAAUUCAACAAGUGAUAUUGAUUUGUGUUUGGGCAUCAGUUCUCAAAUAAAUGAGUGCUUAGUUAAGCAAAUAUACACAGACACAAUGUUACUACAAAUAGAAAUACCAAUGAUCAAUUACAUUAAUUUUGCAACUUUAAGUUUUUUAUACGGAGAAUUUGUUGUAUCAUUUGAAGUGUUAUUUACUCAAAAACUUUUUGGAACUUUUCUAUAUUUAUAUAAUUAUCAAGAUAACAUUGUAAUGUUAGAACACAAUUUUAAUAAUAGUGCAAUGCUGGUUAUUUUACGUUCGUUCGGGCAAGUUUAUAGUCAAAAUAUAAAUAUAAAACCAUUUUCAUGGAAUUUAAUCAACGUUUCACAGCAUUUCAUAAACACUAAUACAUAUAACUCAACUGUUUCUGUAAAUGGAGCGGUUGUAUUUUCUACAAAUAAUUCACGACCAAGAGUGUACCCUUCUGUGGAUGUAACAGUUUGUCCUUACUCUUGUGCAUCAGGAUUUAUUAGAAAUAUAUAUAUUACUAGUAAAAAAGAAGCAUCAUGGACAUCAUGGUCCAAUUGGUCAAAUUGUAGCGCUUCUUAUGGCUAUGGUAUUCAGACCAGAUCUAGGGAGUGCAAUAUAUCAAAUGCUGUUGGUUUGUGUUCAGGCAACAAUAUUGAAAUAAUAGGCUGUUAUUUAACUAACACAUAUACAGCAUCAUGGACAUCAUGGUCAAAUUGGUCAAAUUGUAGUGCUUCUUAUGGCUAUGGUAUUCAGACCAGAUCUAGGGAGUGCAAUAUAUCAAAUGCUGUUGUUUUGUGUUCAGGCAACAAUACUGAAAUAAUAGACUGUUAUUUAAAUAACACAUAUACAGAUGUAAACAAAACAUUGUGGAAAGUAUUAAAUACUGUCACUCUUCAAGGAUAUCUUCUAACAAUGAACUUACAGAUUUACCCAACAUUUGAAACCUCAUUGAAUGCUAAUGUAGAGUUUGAGUAUGUGUUAACCCCCUAUUUUAGUUUCACAGCAGAAAAUGUUGUUCAAAGUUUUGUCAAGACUAAUGCUAAUAGAUUAAAGUACAAUUUUAACGGAAUAACAAAUUCUUCUGAAUCGUUUAAUUUCACUUUUACUGCUACUUUUAAUGAUACACAAUGUCCGAAGUCUGGUGUUUUUACAUUUGACAUUCCUUUAAAAAUGAAAGCUCAAGUGGAAUCUGGGAGAAGCACAACAUUAUAUAAAGCAUUCAGAAAGGUGGUUGAAUGUUUUGCAUAUCCAAAAAUUCCUAUUGUUGCAAGUUGGCUAGUUCUUAAAGAAAAUUAUGGUCGUGGUAUUUAUUGGGAUGUAGAUAACUUAAAUAUUUAUGUCUGCAUGAAUCAACAUUUUCCAAGUUCAAAAGUAGCAUGCUACAUCUCAAAUGAUGAAGGAAGUUCAUGGUAUGAACUAGAUGUGCGGAUUGGUUCAGUUCUUGGUCACCAUAUGUUAACCAAAGAGCUCUAUGCAGUUCAUCGUAAUCAAAAAACAUAUAUGAUGUUUCACAACAGCUAUAACAAAUGGUUAUCAAUAACCAAUCAUCAGUUUAAAAAUGCUUCUAGUUACAUUGAUUCUACGAUGCGAAUAAAUUUGGAAGGCGAUUAUAAUCAAAUUCACACUUUAGGACCAAAUCAAUGGUUAGGAAAUGCUCAAGGUUUGUUUUUUCGAAUCCGUGGAAACAAUACUUGGGUAUUACGAAUAAAGUGGCAUUUUUAGAAAUAAAUAUCUUAUCGACGGAUGUUGGUUUCAUGGUUAUUCAAACACAAGUUAUUUUCACCUAUAUACCAACACAUGCUGUUCAAAUAUAAAUAUAAAAUCAACUGGAUACUCUUCAGAAUAAAACGGCAGUCUUACUUUGAUAUUUGAGACUUCUUGUAAACUUUUAAACAUGGAUAUUUUUGGCAUUUUUAGAGAAACUCUAGGUUUCUUAAAAUGUUGUAAAUACAUACUCAUUGUACAAUAUGUUUCACAUGUAAAAAAUUAGAUUCAAUAAA